AUGGCAAAAACUCCUUCCAAGAAAGCUGCGAAGACAGUUGCCAAGACUGGCAAAGGCAAAGGACGUGGUAAGAAACGAGUUGAAUCGUACUCAACUUACAUUUACAAGGUCUUGCGUCAAGUGCAUCCUGAUACCGGAAUUAGCAAGCGUGGUAUGUCGAUCAUGAACUCGUUCAUUAAUGAUGUGUUUGAGCGUAUUGCGUCGGAAGCUGGUAAAUUGUCACGCUACAAUAAAAAGUCGACACUAUCCAGUCGUGAAAUUCAGACGGCCGUGCGUCUUAUGCUUCCUGGUGAGCUUGCAAAGCACGCCGUGUCGGAAGGAACAAAGGCGGUGACAAAGUUUACAUCAGCUUAG